ACAUCCUGGCGUAUAAACUGCUCAGUGUUACAACAAAACCCUCGUAUCUCUAACACAAGUUGCUGUCUUCGUAUCUCGAAACAAGAUGUACUUGUGUUUUGUUCUGGCUGUGCUACUAGUGGCGCCAGCAUGCGGGAACUAUGUGGAGAUCAUGGACCAGUUCAAGGUUGAGGCUUACGAAGAAGUCAAGCUCCUCUCUGAGUUUUUACGCAACAGUACUCACUUUCUGGACGUCAAGGCUAAGAAAUCUUCCAAGUUGAAAUCUUUCUCGUUCAGCAACUGCGCCGACCCAGGGAGUGAGAUAGCCACGUUUUCAGAUGUGCAGCUGUCCCCUGACCCCAUACACCUGCCUGGGAAGCUGACUUUCUCUGGGAACAUGGACAUUAAGUCCAAAUUUGGAGCUCCGUUGAAGGCUCAACUAGAGGUCUCCAAGAAAUUUGGCUUCAUCUGGAUGCCAGUCCCAUGUAUCCAUGACGUCGGAUCAUGCACGUACGACGACCUGUGCAGCAAGAUCAAUAUCAAAACCUGCCCAGAGGAUUUAAAGAAGCUUGGGCUUGACUGUCAUUGUCCGUUCCCAUCGGGCGAUUUCAAGAUAUCAGCACUUGAUAUAGAGAUCGGCCAAUCGCUGCCCGUGACUGGCGAGUUCAAGAUAAAAGCAACGAUAAGCUACAAUGGCGACGUUGUGACAUGCGCAGAGAUGGAAUUCGAUGUUGAAUAGCUCGACUUGUGGACACAUUUAGUUUGGGCAGCCUCACACAGAAUAACAGCAUACAAAAUUAGAAACAAGACGUACAUUUGUGCGUGAUUUUGUGUGUUGAGAAACGCUUUCAUUUACAAAAGUAUUACAUUUUACCUGUUACAAUAACUUUUUUAAUAAGUAGCCCUCUAUGAUUGUAUAGAAUUUGCAGUUCAAUAUAGGUUUUAAAAAUAAAGCUUUUAAUUGUGGCA